GGGGAAAUAGUGAGGGCUGAUACUACCAGGGGAUUAUUAGCAAAAAAACAGGCAUAUAAAAAGGUCGUUCUACUCGUUGUUUUGAACGCCAUUGUUUCACAUCGAUUUCCUAUACUCAAUCAUAACACACAAUGCCUUCAGUUCCGAACGGUUUCCUGGGGAAUCUCUCCGCCGACCAGGAGGCCAAAUUGCAACAACUCUGGACCAUCGUCCUCAAGGCUGUUGAUGCCUCGUCCGACAGCAAUGGCGAUGCUCCGGCCUCGCCUGAAAAGCCCAAACACACCCGCACCGAAAGCAACCUCUCCGUCAAGUCGAAUGGCACGGCCAUCUCCACCGUCGCUGCCGGCCCUAUCACCGACGCCCUCAAGGGCAUGGGCAUGAACGCCACGGACAUCAAAGCCGUGCAGCAGUCGCUGUCGGAAAUGACGCCCGAAGAACUGCGCGUCGGCCUGCUGGAUACCGUCAAGCACGAAAACCCCGACGCCCUGCUGCUGCGGUUCCUGCGUGCCCGGAAGUGGGAUGUCGCCAAGGCGCUCGGCAUGAUGAUGUCCUCAAUUGUCUGGCGCAUCAAGGAGAUGCAUGUCGACGAUGAGGUUCUUGGUAAAGGUGAACUGCAUGCUCUGCGACAGUCGCGGGAUAAGUCCAACCCGGCCAAGAGUAAAGACGGUGAGGCGUUUUUGGCCCAGAUGCGCAUGGGCAAGAGUUACACCCACGGCGUGGACAAGACGGGCAGGCCCAUCUGUGUUAUUCGCGUCCAGCUGCACAAGCCCGGUGAGCAGAGCGAGGAGGUGCUCAAUCAGUAUAUCGUGCAUGUUAUCGAGUCCGUUCGACUGAUGCUGGUUCCACCAGUCGAGACUGCUUGCGUCGUGUUCGACAUGACUGGCUUCUCUCUCUCCAACAUGGAAUACCCCCCCGUCAAGUUCAUCAUCAAGUGCUUCGAAGCCAACUACCCCGAAUCGCUGGGUGUCUUGCUCAUCCACAACGCUCCUUGGAUCUUCUCCGGCAUCUGGAGACUCAUUAAAGGCUGGAUGGACCCCAACAUCGUCUCCAAAAUCCACUUCACCAAGAACAUCAAAGACCUCGAGGGCUUCAUCUCCCGCGACCAAAUCGUCAAGCAGCUCGGCGGCAAGGAAGACUGGGAAUACGAAUACACCGAGCCCGACGACAACGAGAACAGCAAGAUGGAAGACACAGCCACCCGCGACGCCAUCAGCGCCGAGCGACAGAAGAUCGGCGAGGAGCUGCUGCGCACGACAGGCUCGUGGAUUGCUGCUAUCAACAGCAAGGAGAAGGACAGUGCGGCUGAAUACAAGAAACAGCGUGAUGAAGUCAUCGAGCAACUGCGGAACAACUACUGGGCAUUGGAUCCGUAUGUUCGGGCUAGAAACUGCUUGGACCGUACUCGCGUCAUCCAGGAUGGAGGCAAGAUCUGCUACUAUCCCAGUGCCGAGUCGGAGGUGGCAGUAGAGACCAAGGCGUUGGAGGUGGAGCAUAUGGAGAGCAGACAGGCGAAUGUGGUUAGCUGAUAUGAUGACGAUGUAUGAUAUUAGUUAGAUAUUAGUUACUUUCUUCUUCUCAAUUUGAAUACCCU